AUGGGGGGAAUACAGAGAAAAAAGAACAGAAGCCAGAAGAAGCCAGCAAUCGAGCACACCCAGAGGGGGACUGAAAGAAUUCCUGUUGGGCCCAGGUCGAGACAAGCAAGAAAAGAAACGAAACGAAACGCAAUUAUGAAUAGCGAGUACGAUUAUCUGUUCAAGCUACUGUUGAUCGGGAACUCCGGUGUCGGGAAGUCCUGUCUGCUUUUGAGGUUUUCAGACGACACGUACACCAACGACUACAUCUCCACGAUCGGGGUAGACUUCAAGAUCAAGACCGUGGAGCUUGACGGCAAGACCGUCAAGCUGCAGAUCUGGGACACCGCGGGCCAAGAGCGUUUCCGCACCAUCACCUCGUCCUACUACCGUGGUUCGCACGGGAUCAUCAUAGUGUAUGAUGUCACGGACCAAGAGUCCUUCAACGGCGUGAAGAUGUGGUUACAAGAAAUCGACCGCUACGCAACCUCAACGGUCUUGAAGCUGUUGGUGGGCAAUAAGUGCGACCUCAAAGACAAGCGGGUCGUGGAGUACGACGUGGCCAAGGAGUUCGCGGACGCAAACAAGAUGCCGUUCUUGGAGACCAGUGCUCUGGACUCCACCAACGUCGAGGACGCGUUCUUGACCAUGGCCAGACAGAUCAAGGAGAGUAUGUCCCAACAGAACCUGAACGAGACCACUCAGAAGAAGGAUGACAAGGGCAACGUCAACCUAAAGGGCCAGAGCUUGACCAACACCAGCGGCGGCUGCUGUUAA